CAUUAACGACACAUCUCUUUGUGUGACAGAGAUCAAAACACCAAAACUUCCGUACUACAACGAUAGAGCAAUACUACUCUACGCUGCAAUACUCCACUAUCGCAACAAAUACUUUUGUUGAGCGAUCAUGGCAACAAUGCCGGCGACAGUCGUCUGCCCAACUCCCGGCGUACAGCUCGAGGACCUAAAGAAAGACCAACUGGAAACUCAAGAACUCAUCAACCAGCUGGUCUCCGAAAAUGCUGGCCUGGAGGAAGAGAAGAGGAGAAUCUUGACGGCUCUACGUUCAGAGAGAACCAUAAGGAAAAAUGUCCAAAAGGAGAGUAAAAUCAAGGAGAAGCAGAAAAAUGAAGAGAUUCACUCUCUCAGAGAAAGUCUGAAGGCAGAGAAGGACGUCUCCCUGUCAGCCAAACUCCACUGGACUGGUGAGUUCAACCGGGUCGUCGGGCUCUUGAAACAGGAGCGCGAGAGGAACAGAGAGACCCAGAAAAAGAAGAUCAAUGGUAUAUUAUCAACCAUACCAAACCAGAAUUUGAUGGACAAGGACGCAAAGCUCCAAACUCUGGCAGAGGACAACGAUAGGAAGUUGAGCCAUGUCGUCCAGGAAAAGGAUGAUCUGAUCAACAAAAUCACGGAGGAAAAGACGGCUCUAGGAGUCAAGUAUUUGGAGAGCGAAGCCAAGCUCAUGGAGAAGGAAAGGCAGAUCAUCCAGAGGGAGGCAGAGUUUGAAACAAAACUCGCCACUCUGGAAGACCAAAUGACGUGUGAGCUCGCUGCAAAAGAGGAGAGCUUUGAGAACAAAAUCAAGAUCUUAAAAGAGAAAAUCUCUGCUCUUCAGAUACAAACCCACUGCCUCCAGGAGUUUGAAAAGAUGAGCAGAAGGAUGGAGGAGUGGAUUACCAAAGAGAGCCAAAUGGAGAACGAAAUUGAGCUCCUAAAAGAGCAAAACUCUGAUCUUCAGGUACAUUACCACAGCAUCCAGGAGAUGGAAAAGAACAGCAGAAGGAUGGAGAAGGAGUGGAUUAACAAAGAGAGCCAAAUGGAGAACAAAAUCAAGCUCCUAAAAGAGCAAAACUCUGAACUUCAGGUCAAUCUACUUAGCCUGCAGGAGCUGGCUCAAAAAACGGACAAGGAGAAGGCCAGAAUGAAAAAGGAGGAACAGAAGGCCAAGAAGGAGGCAGAAAAGAGGCUGAAAAAGGAGAGGAAAGAGGAGGAGAAGAGAGAGAAUAAACAGAAGGAGGAAAAUAGGAAGCAAGAGAAGGAAGAAUUGAAAAGACAGAAGAAGGAAAAAGAGGAGGUUGGAGAUAAAAGCAAAGAAAGAGAGGAAGGAGCAGGCGAAGAGAGAGAAGGAGGGAUUGAAAAGAGUGAUCUGGUUUUACUGCCACAUUUCAAUUAUUAA